AUGGAUCAAGCAAGCGAUAGCCAGCAGGCUACGGGAAAUCAUCCAUCGGCUGAUUGGACAAGUCAGCUCGUAAAAUGGCCUUGCAGUGACACGUCCACGAAAGCUCUCAAGAAGCUUGCCUGUGUCCGUGAGCUUACUCUACGUCACCGCCGCGUUGAUCUGAACUUCAAACCCAAGAAAAAUCAAGAAGCGGCUUUGGGACAGAUCUGUGGGGAGCUUGCACUUGCAGCAUGUCGACGCUGUGUAAACGAUAAAGGGCCGUUCGUGGAAUGUGUUGUUGUUAGGGGUAGUUUCGCCAAAUCGUGCUGCAACUGUCAUUACAGCUCACAGGGACUAUCAUGUUCUUUCCGAGGCAUAGAGUCAGUCCCUAUUUUAUCGACGCCGAAUGGGCUGAAUGCCACCAGUAGAAUCUUGGAUGAGCAAGCAAAACCUGCACAGAUGGCAAAUUAUCAGCCUGGACCUUCGGCGGUUCUCGCAGGACCACAAGUUUCACAGUCCGACAACAACUCCGUCUCAACACGGCUCAGAUCUAAGAAGGACGACCUCCGAAAGCGGCCCAAUUUCAGCGCAAACUUUGCCUUUCCACGGACGGUUGUCGGUGUUACAACCAAUGAGCCACUCACUCGCAAGCGUCAAUGGCAGGAGACCACAACUACUGGUCCCGCACUAGAACAAUGGCCGCCGGAGCGGGGAACUGACGCCGUCGAUCAACAGUCUGAGGAGACUGUUCUAUGCCUGAGGGAAGAGAUUCAGCGCCUAAGGCGUGAGAAAUCCGACCAGCAAGCUCGGCAACUUGCAUUGAUCAAAGGAUUCGUCUCUUCCGCUGCGGUGGUCGAGAUAGCUGUUGACGUCCGAGAGGCAGAGCUACGCUGCGGACUGAGAAACAUGAGUGGCACUCCUGAAGAGAUGCAAGAGCAAGCACAGCAGAUGAUUGACUUCUCGAAAGCUACCUCUUGGCAUGUGAGCAGGUUUGUCAACGAUAUGUUGGAGGAGCAACGAGUGUUUCUCUAUGACGAUCAGCAGAAGGCAAUGCGGCUUGAAUACGACAAGGCAGAGCCUAGCCAGGCAGUUACGGCUAUCAUCGAUGAAGAGCUGUCUUUCAUGACGAGACAUUCCUGA